AUGGGCAUAUUAAGUCAGUUUUCGGAAGUCUCAAAAUCGAAUCCUUUCGGUAUCCCGGUCGUGCGCAGGGCCGAUUGCGCUCGUUAUCAAAGCGCUCCUGGCGAAGUACCUUAUGGUUCAUUAAAAUUCUUUGCUUUGUGCGGCUUAGGAGGGAUUAUUUCAUGUGGCACUACGCAUACUGGCAUUGUUCCCCUUGAUCUCGUUAAAUGCCGCAUCCAGGUUGACCCAGUGAAAUAUAAGGGUAUUAUCAGCGGAUUUAGUACCACUAUUAGAGAAGAAGGUUUCCGUGCACUAGGGAAGGGAUGGGCGCCGACCUGCAUAGGGUAUUCUUUGCAAGGCUUGGGUAAAUUCGGCUUUUACGAAGUCUUCAAGCUGUUCUAUUCAGAUUUACUCGGCGAGGAGCUAUCGUACACAUGGCGUACAUCACUGUAUCUAGCUGCAUCAGCUUCUGCAGAGUUCUUUGCGGACAUUAUGCUUUCUCCAAUGGAAGCAACUAAAGUGCGUAUCCAAACAGCCCCAGGCGCUCCUCCAACUCUCCGUGGUUGUUUCCCUAUGAUCUGGAGAACAGAAGGACUUGCAGGAUUCUACAAAGGUUUACCGCCACUUUGGCUCCGACAAAUCCCAUACACUAUGAUGAAAUUUGCUUGUUUCGAGCGCACAGUAGAGAUGUUGUACAAAUAUGUUGUACCCAAACCGAGAUCUCAGUGCUCAAAACCAGAACAGUUAGUGGUGACUUUCAUCGCCGGGUAUAUUGCCGGCAUAUUCUGUGCGAUUGUAUCCCACCCGGCUGAUACUAUUGUUUCCAAACUCAACCAAGACCGUGGAUCGACAGCUAUGAGUGUCGCCAAAAAACUAGGUUUCAUGGGGUUAUGGAAAGGCCUGUUCCCACGUAUCAUUAUGAUUGGUACGUUGACAGCCGCUCAGUGGUUUAUAUAUGACUCAGUGAAAGUGGUUUUCAAGCUUCCUCGCCCGCCGCCACCGGAGAUGCCAGAAUCGCUUAAGUUGAAAUUGAAGGCUGCUGGGAAGCUUUAA